UAAGAUUGUUAAGGACAAUUAAUAAAUGUUAUUAUUUUAAUAUUUAUCAAGUCUCAAUACUCAAUUGCACAAUACUGAGAACGCUAAUAUUUAUGAUAAAUUAAAGUAAUAAAGUGCAACAAUUUAAUUGACUAUCGUUCAAAUAAACAUUUAUUAAGUAGAACUAUUGUUUCACUGUGUUUCUUAAGCAAAAUGUUGAGUUUGAAACUUUUUCGUCAAACCAAAUGUUCAAUGUUUGCUGCCCAAAGGUCAAUAUCUUUUAAUGCACUGUCAAAAUGUGCGAAUCAAUUUAAUGUCGCCAGUCGCUUGGGCAAUAAAACACUAACUAAGCCUUUAUUAAGUGCUCCAAUGAUAGCUCGUUUCACUGGAAGUACUGCAGCUGUUAAAACUGGAAAAAAUUAUGCAAGUCUUUGGAGAACGGAACGUAUUGUUUCUAUAGCACUUAUGGGAUUGUUUCCUGCCGCAGUAUUAUAUUCAUCACCAAUAAUUGAUACUUUAUUAGCAGGAAGUAUUAGUCUUCACGUUUACUGGGGACUUGAAGCAUUAGUAGUUGACUAUUUACGUGUACCAGUUGUAGGACAGCUGGCUAACAAAGCUGGACAUGCAACAGUUGCUCUUCUUGCGAUUGUCACUUUGGCUGGAUUUUUACAAGUAAUUUUUGUUGGAGAUGGACUUGGAAAUGCCAUUGUUCAACUUUGGAAAUUGUAAUAUUACUUAAUAUAUUUUCAUGUAGUAUAACAGUAACAUGUAAAUAUUGUGUUGAAUAA